ACCCCAGAAAGCCACCAAACACUUCACGGAAUCUUGCGCUGAUGUUUGCCUUAAAAGCAGUGGACAAGCCAGAUCCCUUGGAAGAAGAAGUGGCUUUUUUGUACACCUUUGUGACGUAGCGUGUAGUUAUCCCUAUAACUUGUCAAGCAGGAGACUGUCUCUCAUUUGCGCUUGGAGUAUAGAUUGUGUUGUUUGGUACUGAAUACUUGAAUUAAAUGCGUGCCUGUAAUUGAUGAUGGGUUAAAAGUUACAGAGGCGAAAAAUUGCGGUUAUAAAUCAAUAAGUGACAAUGAAGGCACAGGUUUCAGGGCAAAAUGUGAAACGGACUCCAGUGCGACCGUAACCCCUUUAAGGACCAAGGCCUGAAAGGAUUAAGUCUUUGACGGAAAAUUUUAAGGUUAAUCAUAAUUAUGUCACAGGAUAAGAAUAUGAGAGGGAGAAUUUCCAUGGUAAUCAUAAUUAUGCCAGCGGAUAAGAAUAGGAAAGGGAGAACGUCCGGAGAAGCCAAGGAUCAUUAACUGACAUUUUAGUAAGGAUCUGCACGAGUUGAGGUGAGGGUGGAAGGCAGCAGCGGCCUCCCAGAUGAAAGAUAAAGAAAUAUUGUUGGGUAAAAUUUGCCAAAUGUCGCAAGUCACGAGAAGAAAUGAAGUUUAUAAGAUUUUUUGAGGUUCUCCUCAAUAGAGAAAAUAAAAUAUAUAAUUUUUUAGGGUGAUUCAGGAGAGAAAUAUGAGUCAGGAAAUGGAAGGCUGAGGCGCCUGCUGCGAGCCGUCUGACAGCGUGGGAACAAGCAGAGGCAUCGGACCUGUGGAGUACAAGCCAAGCGCGGAGCUCAGCGAGACCUUGGUGUUCCGCCACUACAAUGCCCAGCAGGAGGUGUUGGGCAGGACGAUGGAGGAGUGGCUGCGCUUCUCCGUCUGUUAUUGGCAUUCGUUUCGUGGCACUGGAAGCGACCCGUUUGGUGGACCGACUAUCAAGCGGCCUUGGGACGACGGUACGGAUUCCCUUGACAACGCUAAGCGACGACUGCGUGCAGCCUUUGAGUUCUUCACCAAGCUAGGCAUCAAGUACUGGACUUUCCACGACCGGGACCUGGCACCUGAAGGGAAGACCCUGGCCGAGACCAAUGCCAACCUGGAUGAGGUGGUGGAGUUAGCGGCGGAACUCAUGAACAAGACGGGCGUCAAACUCCUGUGGGCCACGUGUAACCUUUUCGUUCACCCGAGAUACAUGCACGGCGCGGCCACCAGCUGUGAUGCCCACGUGACGAUGUACGCCGCCGCACAGGUGAAGAAGGGGCUGGAAGUAGCAAGGCGGCUGGGCGCGGAGAACUUUGUGUUUUGGGGAGGGCGUGAGGGCUACCACUCCCUCAUUAACACCGAUGUGAGGGCCGAGCUAGACCAUCUGGCAGCUUUCUACAAGAUGGUGAUUGCGUAUAAAGAGAAGAUUGGCUUCAAGGGACAACUUCUGAUCGAACCCAAAGCCAAGGAACCAACCCGUCACCAGUAUGAUUACGAUGCCCAGACAGUGAUGGCGUUCCUGCACCAGUAUGGCCUCAAUGCCCACUUCAAGCUGAACAUUGAGCCCAACCAUACCACCCUGGCAGGCCAUCCUUACGAGCAUGACGUCAUCUUCUCUUCUGCGUACGGCAUGUUGGGAAGCAUCGAUGCUAACACGGGCUCACCUGACUUGGGCUGGGACACUGACCAGUUUCCGAUGGACGUCCGCAGCUGCACCAUGGUCAUGAAGGCCGUGUUGGAGCAGGAUGGCAUUGCUCCUGGGGGACUGAACUUCGACGCCAAGGUUCGCCGUGAGUCUACUGACCUGAAGGAUCUCUUUAUUGCUCACGCCGCAGCCAUGGAUACCUUUGCUAGAGGACUGAAAAACGCCGCCUCGAUGAUAUCAGAUGGCGUGUUUGCUAAGUCUAUCAAUGCUCGAUACGUAUCAUGGAAGUCCGGCGUCGGGUCGCGCAUCGCUCGAGGCGAAGCCACACUGGAGGAAUGUGAGAAGGUGGUGAUGGAGCACGGUGACCCGCGGCCUGAGUCUGGCCACCAGGAGCACUUUGAGGCCAUGCUGAACCAUUACAUAUGAGCUUCAUCGCUGACUUAGUGCACCGGCCGUACUUCAAUUGCGUGCAUGGUAGUAUUCAUGGCUCUUUCUCUUGUAAAGAAAAAAAAAAAAAAGUUAGGCAGCCGAGUAUCUAGACUAGUUUAAUGCAAAAUUAAAAUUUACACCUUUUCUGCUUCCAAAAGAAAACCAGGGCCGUGAAGAAUACGCUCACAUAAGAAGAGUAAAACAUGUGUCUUUGCAA